CCAUCACCGAGGCCGGGAGCUCACCCAGGCAGCCAUUCGGACGCAUAAAGUGUCGUCGUAGCUCGAUCGACUCCCUCGCACUGCUUCCUAGUCAGCCUGUCUCGACAACCAUACGACAACUAAUACCGUGAACUUAUCUGCUACGUCAUCCGCGCAACCACGCCGCCUUGGCUAUGGCGCAGAACGGGCAGGCCUUCGGGUCUGAAGAACAGGUCGACUUGGUGAUUAUUGGAGGUGGUCCUACGGGACUUCUGUCUGCGCUACUGGCAAGCCGACUCGGGCUCUCCGUGAGGGUUAUUGAUGAGAAAGCCGGACCUCUGGAUUUAGGCCGAGCAGAUGCCCUGAAUGCACGCACGCAGCAGUACCUGGAGGUGGUAGGGAUUCUCCAGGAUUUGCUCCCCCUCGGACUCAAGUGCAACACCAGUUCAACCUUCGCCGAGGGUGUCUUCAAGUCUCAGCAGAGCCACUGGUGGACGUCGCUUGAGCAUUGCCUGCAUCCUAAUUUCCUCAUGAUCGGGCAGCCCGUGGUCGAAAGGGUUCUUUUGGACCAUCUGGAUACCCCAAUCUAUUACCAGGAAAAAGCUAUAGCCAUAGUUGACGCGGAUGACGGCGUAACGGUGAGUACUGAUCGUGGUCGAACAAUCCGGGGCCGAUACGCCAUCGCUGCCGAUGGCGCCCGUUCGACGAUACGCCGAGCGUUGGGUAUCAGUUUUACUGGGACGAAACCCGAAAUGGUAUGGGCAGUUCUGGACACGUUUAUCGACACGGACUUUCCUCGAUGCCCGGAAAUCAUCACGUUCCAGCUUAGGGGCCAGUCACGGGUCUCGUGGAUUCCCCGAGAACGGGGUAUGGCCAGGUUCUACACUCUUCUCGACGGAGAGAUUACCCAAGAGAGAGCCGAGGACUCGAUUAGAGAGCACAUGGCGCCAUACAGGAUCGACUUUGUCAGGACAGAGUGGUUCAGUACUUUUGACGUCAAGGAAAGAAUAGCGUCGACUUUCGUUUCGAAGCAGGGAACUGGUCGCGUCAUCCUCGCCGGCGAUGCGGCCCAUGUUCACUCGGUAAACGGCGGGCAGGGGCUGAAUACGGGAAUCGCCGACGCGUUCGGUCUCAGCUGGCGGAUCGCGGCGACUAAGAAUGUCCCUCUGGUGCCCGGCGCUGCUACGAGGCUUAUCAAGAAUUACGACACCGAGCGACGAGCCGUGGCACAGGGGGUUAUCGACGUUGCGGCAGCCUUGGUGCGGGAUACGACGCACACGGCGAAACAGUACGUAUCCACGAUCGAGAGAAAUGCCGGGUAUAUCACGGGAAUGGGCGUCUCGUACGACGGACUGGGAUCCGAAUUGAUCGUGGAGUCGGAGCAGGGUAUCUGGAAGGCUGGAAAACGAUGUCCAGAUAUCCGCCUCACGCAUAUCGCAACCGGGGAGGCGAAACGCCUAUACUCGACGGUUACCUACGGGAAAUACUUGAUUCUCGCCUUGGGCCGAGAGCGGAAUCUCGAGAAGCGAUUCGGGGAUCUAUGCACAUAUUUCACCCUUCUCCCCAGCAGCUCGACCAGGGCAGAGACUAGCGGAGACGAUACGAAACAGGAGACCGAGACUGAAAGAGAGGCCGGGGCAGGGGUUUUCUCGUCUGAGGUCGUGGCGGUGGCGGAUGAUUUCGUCGUGGUGGUGAGGCCCGAUAUGUACAUCGGUUACAUCGGCCGAGGAGACGGAUGGAGGGAUUACCUGGAGCAGCUGUAUGUGGCUUAAGUAUGCGGCU